AUGGGCCUGCUGCCUGGGGAUGCACUGUUCUCUCUUGCUGUAGCUGUGGUCCUCUUCCUGCUCCUCGUGGACCUGAUGCACCGGCGCCAAUGCUGGGCUGCUCGCUACCCACCUGGUCCCCUGCCAGUGCCCGGGCUGGGCAACCUCCUGCAGGUGGACUUCCACAAUGCGGCGUACUCCUUCUACAAGCUGCGAAGUCGCUUUGGGGACGUUUUCAGCCUGCAGCUGGCCUGGAGUCCUGUGGUCGUGGUCAACGGGCUGGAGGCCGUGCAUGAGGCACUGGUGAAGCACAAUGAGGACACCGCGGAUCGGCCACCGAUUCCCACCUAUGAGCACCUGGGCUUCAGAGCCAACUCCAAAGGCAAAGCGUGCAGGGAGAAAUCUGGCCUGGUGCCCCAGGUGCUGAAUGCCAUCCCCAUCCUACUGCGCAUCCCUGGGUUGGCGCAGAAGUUCUUACCUCUAACGAAAGACUUAUUGCACCUGCUGGAUAACCUGUUGAGAGAGCAUAACAUGACCUGGGAUCCAACCCAGCCACCCCGAGACCUAACUGACGCCUUCCUGGCCGAGAUUGAGAAGGCCAAGGGGAACCCCGAGAGCAGCUUCAAUGAUGCGAACCUGCGCAUGGUUAUUUCUGACCUGUUCGCGGCUGGGAUGGUGACCACUGCGACCACACUGUCCUGGGCCCUGCUUCUGAUGAUCCUGCACCCGGAUGUGCAGCGCCGUGUCCAGCAGGAGAUCGAUGAGGUGAUAGGGCAGGGCCGGCGCCCAGAGAUGGCGGACCAGGCCCGCAUGCCCUUCACCAAUGCCGUGGUUCAUGAGGUGCAGCGCUUUGCGGACAUUGCUCCAAUGACUUUACCCCACAUGGUCUCCUGUGAUGUCGAGCUGAAGGGCUACCUCAUCCCCAAGGGGACCAUGCUCAUCACCAACCUGUCAUCUGUGCUGAAGGAUGAGACUGUCUGGGAGAAACCUUUCCACUUCCACCCUGGACAUUUCCUGGACAGCGAGGGCCACUUUGUGAAACACGAAGGGUUCAUGCCCUUCUCAGCAGGUCCCCGCAUGUGCCUUGGGGAGCCCCUGGCCCGCAUGGAGCUUUUCCUCUUCUUUACCUGCUUGCUGCAGCGCUUCAACUUCUCUGUGCCUCAAGGGCAGCCCCGGCCCAGCGACUGUGGUAUGGUUUCCUUCCUAGUGGCUCCAGCCCCCUACCAGCUCUGUGCUGUGCCCCGCUAGAAGGGGCAGCAUGGCCACUACUUAUUGACUACAUGGAUGACUUCAUGUUC